CGCUGAGUCAGGGCCGGGCCCCGCGGCGGGGGCACCCUGCGUGCCGCUGCCCGCCGAAGCGGGGCUUGCACUUGAUGCGGUCACCGGUGAUGGGGCCUGGCUAACGGCCUAGCUGCCGUCAGCACAGGGCGGUUACCGGCGGCGGAAGAGGGCGGGGUUAGCGCAGCGCGCCUCGUGCGGGUUAGAGGCGAAGCGAGUCAGGGCAGUGCCUCCCCCGUGGGCGGAGUCCGGCCGACAAGAUGGCGGCGGCACUGAGGGCGGAGAAGGCUUGGAGGUUGGCGGCCACAACGCCAGCUCUCGCUUUUACUCGUUCUGCAUUUGUUGCAAGAAAACGUAAUUAUGACCAACCAAACUGGCCUGGAGUUGUCUUGGCUUUUGGCACCAGUGCUGCCUUGUGGGCUUAUCUUUUCAAGCAACAUAAUGAUGAUGUAAUGGAAUAUGAAAGAAGAAAACGAGAGAAACAUCAUAAGUGUACAGAUUGCUCCUAGUUGACAAUGUAAUCAGUAAGAAGCAACAUGCUUGCCACUUGUCCUGCAAGUAAGUUGAGACCAGCAGAAGUACAAAGUAUCUAAAUACUUACAUGUUCAUGCAUUUCAUGUGCAGAAUUAUGAAAUAAAUUAUAAAAUGUGAAAGAAAAUUA